CAACGGUGCUGGUUCAUUCCAUUUCUACAUAAAGUCUCCUCCUUGCUAAACCCUCGGCGUCCGCAUUAGGGUUUUAAGCUUCUCUGCAGUCUCUCCGCUACGAACAAAGCAUUCGCAGGUUACAGCCAUGGCUUUCUUUAGGAAAGCUGGGAGUAUGUUGGGGAGAACUAUGGUUGCCCACACCAACCACGAAAUCUCAUCUUCGAGAUCUUCCAUCCUACAAGCAAUAAGAUUCAUGUCAAGCUCAAAGGUCUUUGUCGGAGGGCUUUCCUAUAGUACUGAUGAUACAAGCCUCAGAGAAGCUUUUGAUAAGUAUGGAGAAGUUGCAGAAGCAAGGGUGAUUGUCGAUCGUGAAACGGGUAGGUCUAGAGGAUUUGGCUUUGUUACAUACUCGUCUCCUGAGGAGGCAUCUGCUGCCAUCCAGGCUUUGGAUCAACAGGAACUUCAUGGCCGAAUGGUAAGGGUGAACUAUGCAAAUGACAGGACACGUGGCUAUGGAGGUGGAGGUGGAGGUGGGUAUGGAGGCAGUGGAGGUGGAGGUGGUUAUGGUGGCAGUGGAGGCUAUGGAGGCAACUAUGGUGGUGGUGGUGGUUAUGGUGGCAGUGGAGGUGGCUAUGGAGGAAACUCUGGUGGUGGAGGUGGUUAUGGUAGCAGUGGAGGUGGCUAUGGUGGUAGAGGUGGUUAUGGUGGCGGUGGAGGUGGAGGUGGAGGUGGCUAUGGCGGCAGCUAUGGUAGUGGCAUUUAUGCUGGAACUACUGAUUAUGGUGGUGACAGUAAUCCAAGCAGCAAUAAUUACGGAGGUGGGAACUUGGCUUACGGUGGCAAUGAUCAAAGCAGUGGUGUUGCCGGUGGUGCUGGAGGGAGCGAAAACCUGUUCAACAGUGAUUUUCGUGAUACCUCAUCAGGAAAUUACAGAGCGAAUGAAGACUCUACCGAUAACUAUGCUGAAAGAAGUGGCCAAUCAUAGAUCUUCUUUCUAUUUUGCUCCAAGCUGAUUCAGCUUGUAGAAAAGAAAAUUCGCGCAAGCUGCACCGAACCAUCGGUUUGUUAUUAUUUUCUUUUAACUGAAAGAUGUUUUAACUUUUCGUAUUUGAGUGGGAUUGAGCUUCCCUGGA